AUGGGGUAUAAGAGAUGUCUUGAGGCUAAUGAACUUGAGGAUCUUUCUUUGAACAAGGCAAAACGUUUUGAAUGCAACAAUGAACUGGUUUCGUUAGAUGAUAUUGUUACGCCCAAUAAGGCCUUUGCAAAGACUGUUAUUACAGGCGAUGGUGAAGAUGGCUUUUACAAUAUUCAAUGGUUUGAUCCACUUGAAACAGAUGCUGCUAAGGAAUAUGCGUAUACUGGUGACGAGAAUGUUCAAACCAGUUCUUCUGGCGAUGAUGAUACUGGGUCUGGGGCCACAUCAUUAUCAUCUGCUUCGUCAGAUUGUUUGGAAUUUGAAAUUCCUCAGAAAGCAUUUGUUCCUAUGGAUGAUGAUUAUCUGGCCUUUGAUUGCUCGCCUAGAAAAUCAGUACCCAUUGGUCAAAAUCACCAAGCUGUCAUUCCUGUUUGGAGGAGAAAAGUGAAUAAGAUGUCAGAAUUAAGCAAAUAUAAUCAUGACAGUCCUUCCUCUGGCUUAGUAUCAGCUCAUAUUAUUGAUGAAGAUGAGGAUAGACUCAUGGGGACUUCUGUGCUCUCAAUGCAUGAAUCUAGCUCUUAUUCUACUAAUGAGAGUGGACAAGGCAGGAAAGAGUGUAAGUGCUUGGAUCGUGGGUCCGUCAGAUGUGUUAGACAGCAUGUUAAGGAAGCACGUGAAAAUUUGAUGGAGACUCUUGGGAAGGAUAAGUUUGUGAACUUGGGAUUUUUUGACAUGGGAGAGGAUGUUGCACAGCAAUGGACUGAAGAAGAAGAAGACAUGUUUCAUGAGGUUGUCUACAGCAAUCCUGCAUCAUUGGGUAGAAACUUUUGGAAGCAUUUGUCAGUCACUUUCUGUUCUCGAACCAAUAAGGAAAUAGUCAGCUACUAUUUUAAUGUUUUUAUGCUGCAGAGGAGGGCCGCUCAGAACAGGUCCAGAUGUUUGGAUAUUGAUAGCGAUGAUGAUGAAUGUAAUACAAUAAACCCUGGAUUUUUUGGUUUUGAAAAUUCAGAUGAUUCUGCCAUUGAAUCUCUUGGUGAUCAAGAUGUACAUGUAGAAAACCAAGAUAAUUAUUCUGAUGAGGAUGAUGAUAGUGAUGAUGGAAUUGAAGAUAAUGUUCUUGGUUUAAGUGGAUGUGAUAUGAGAAACACCACUGAGAUUGAGGGUGAGAUUGAUCAAAGUUCAUCAAAUUGCAAGGUGAACUCCCAGACGGAGGCUUGGAGUAAUCCUGAUGAACAUGUCAAUGGGACUCCUGGGAUUCUGAACUACAAUGUUGUUGUCCAGGAUGACUCCUGUAUGUCCUUUGAGUGUGAUGCCAAUAUGGUGUCUUGCAAUUCUCAUGGGUUUGGAUAUGCUACUUCUGCCUUGCAAACUAGGGGAUUUAAAUGUGAUCAGAGUCCACGUAUGCAGGGAAAGCUUGAUUUGUCCAGCAAUGUGAUGGACCAUGCUUAUUUGAUGGAUCCCUGUGUUGCUAAAGACUGGUAUCAUGAGUACACAACAUGUCCGGCUCCAAGUACAGAUUUAGACUUCCUACCUACGUCCAAUUUGAUUGAAGAGUUUUUUGGUACUCUAGAUAAAAAUACUGUCAGUGACUGA